AAUGGAAAAAUUGUUCUUUGUAAGCUUUCAGGCACAAACACCCUCAGAGGAGGAACAUUUCUCAGGGGAUGGAUUUAGUUUCUCAUUUUUUAAUCAAAUCACCUCCCAUAGUUCUUGUCGCUGUGAUGGUGGGGAUGCUGUAGCCUUCCAGCCCCCACUGUGCUUGGAGCUGUGCAAGAGCAGCGGAGAGCGAGGCUCAGCCAGCGCCUUCUCUUUCUCCCUCCAUGAUUCGCUCGCAGCUUGCUCUGGGGUGGUAUUUCCUCACUGUGGGAUAAAUCACGGUGGACGGGGUAGAUGUUUGCUGCAUGGGAUAAGGCUUCUCUGCAUGCAGCACGCAGGCACACAUAUGCCCUGCAUCCGGUCUCUUUCUCUCUCUCCCUCACACACAAACAUGUCCUGCAUCUAGUGUCAAACACACGCACACAUAUGUCUCACAUUUAGUCUCUCCCUCUCUCUCUCACAAGCACACACAUCCUGCAUUUAGUCUCAAACACACACAUCCUGUAUUGUCUCCCUCUCUCACACACUCACUCACUGCCUCCACCUAGUGUCAAACACAACAUGCACAUACACACACCCGCCCUGCGCGUAGUCGCACAGACACGCCCUGGCCCCGGUCACAUGAGCGGCGCGGCGCAGCGGGGCGCGGGGGCUGGCUUGCGACGGCAGGCUGGCGCGGAGCCAUGGCCUCAGGAACUGCUCUGAUUUAUGAUAAUGAAAUGACCCGUCAUAGACUACUAUGGGAGGAGUAAGUGAACUGCAGUCCUAUCUGUGAAUGUGAAGUGCCGGAAAGAUUGACAUCCUCCUAUGAGCAACUUAAACAUUAUGGUCUUGUGCAAAGAUGUAUGCAUGUACCAAUCAGAGAAGGAACGGAAGAAGAAAUCAUGUUGGUUCACAGUUCAGAAUAUUUACAAAUUGUAAAGAGUACACAAAAAAUGACUGAAGAAGAACUCCGAAGAGUCUCUGAAAAUUAUGAUGCUGUUUACUUUCACCCGGACACUUAUCACUGUGCCAAGCUAGCAGUAGGAGCAAGUUUGCAACUGGUGGACUCUGUGAUGUCAGGAAAAGUAUGCAAUGGAAUAGCAUUAGUAAGGCCUCCAGGUCAUCACAGCCAGAGAGCUGCAGCUAAUGGGUUCUGCAUCUUCAACAAUGUUGCUAUUGCCACAGAAUAUGCAAAAAGAAAAUAUGGUCUACAGAGAAUUCUAAUUGUAGACUGGGAUAUACACCAUGGACAAGGGAUUCAGUAUAUAUUUGAAGAUGAUCCCAGUGUUCUCUAUUUUUCCUGGCAUCGCUAUGAACAUCAGCAAUUCUGGCCAAUGCUCAGAGAAUCUGAUUAUGAUGCCAUUGGUCAGGGUAAAGGAAAAGGAUUCAAUAUAAAUGUUCCUUGGAAUAAGAUUGGGAUGGGAAAUUCAGACUAUUUAGCUGCAUUUUUCCACGUGUUGCUUCCUUUGGCUUUUGAGUUUGAUCCAGAGCUGGUCCUUGUCUCAGCUGGGUAUGAUUCAGGAAUUGGAGACCCCGAGGGUCAAAUGAAUGCUACACCAGAGUGCUUUGCCCAUCUAACUCAUUUCCUAAUGCAGUUAGCUAAAGGAAAACUGUGUGCAGUUCUAGAGGGUGGGUACCAUUUGAAGUCAUUGUCUGAUUCAGUGUUCAUGACUAUAAAAACUCUGCUUGGAGACCCUAUACCCCAAGUGUCUGGAGAAAUGGUACCAUGCAUAAGUGCUGUUGAGUCUAUACAAAAUGUGAGAGCUGCACAUAAAACCUACUGGAAGUGUUUGAUACAUGAAGAUGUAGGACUGUUACAAGAUCUCAGCACCAAAUCUCACUCAGUGAUGGAGCCUGAGCUGGUGCAGUCCAGUGUGCAUCCUACAGCAGAACAAACAGUUGGGAAGAGUUAUAGUGAUGAAGCCAUCAAAACAGAGAGGUUUUUGAAUUCACACAUGAAAAAAAUUCUGUCUCCAGUGCCUCCUGUUAAAACAUCAGCAGCAAUUGUCUCUAUAGGUGCUGAAAGUUUGCUCCCAAUUUCUGUUCAAGUGGAGAAGGAAAUCAAUACAAAAGACUGUAAAGCCCUUAUCAGCAGGUUUUAUUCAGAUGGUGUGAAAGAGGAUGAGGCUUUAAUUCCUUUUGGGAAUAUGUUGGCUGUCCUCGAUAAAAUACUUAGGAAGGAGGUGUGCAAUGGAAUUGUAGAAUCAGCUGUGGGUUCUCUUUGCGCUGCUGUUGCACUAAAGCACUGCACAGAUUUUGGGUUACAACGAGUGCUCUGCAUAUUUGUUGGGGAAAUGGAUACUGAGCUCAGCGUGGAAGAUGGAAAACAUCUUCUGGUAAAUAUUUGUCAGAAACCAUCUGAGAAGGCUGGCUCCAAGUACUUUAUUUCUCUGAACUGGAAAGAGGAUACUGAAAGAAACAACUUCUUUUCUGCUGCACUUGGAUUCAUUCUUCCCGUAGCUUACAGCUAUCAACCUGACUUAACUGUAAUAGUUGUUGGACCAAACAGGAGCCUUGGUAUAAAUGGGAUUUCUCUGCUUACCAGUCUUCUGAAAGGAUUAGCAGAGUCUCGAAUUCUUGCAGUGAUUCAGGACACAGAGAUAAAACUGGUGCAAAGUGUGGCUAAAGCCUUAAACAAGGUUUCUACACAUGAUUUUGGAGUCUAUGCAUCUGCUUCUCAAGAAAAUGUACGUGAGAUAAAACUAUUAAGGCACCAGCUUCAACAGGAAUGGAAAAUGCUUCAGUGUUCAGUAAGGGACUGUUUUUCUGGCAGCUGAGGAUACUUUGCUAUCAUCUGAUGCAUUUCGUCACAACAGAAGAAGAGAACAAUGUGUUAAGCAAACAAAAAGAUGAUUAAGCUAA